CCGCACCGCGCUUCCUUCACCUAGCCUAUAUUCAUGGUUGCCACAUGCAGCUGGCCCGAGAUGGCAGGCAUUACCCAGCACCCAUGAACGACGGGCCUUUUCAGCUUCCCCUCCCUCCCUCAUCUGACCCCAAUUCCCGCCCCUCUCCCCCAUCAAUCUCCCAACUUCCUCCUUUCCCAACAGCCAUCCCAUCUCUCAACAUGACGGAAGCAACCGCAUCGUCUGCCGCCGCACCUGCGCCGUCUGAUCCACCGGCAGCGGCCCAGGCCGGCCAUAGAGUGGACCCCAGCUUCGUCGGGCCCGACGCUGGCUUCGACGACCACGACUCGGCACUGGGUGACGGCGACAGCCUCAACAUUAGCUCCACUGCCUCCAUCAGCUCGUCCAUCCUCAACUACCGCAAGAUCCAUGGCCGCACCUACCAGAACUUUGAGGGUGCCGAGUACUGGGGCCCCAACGAUAACAUCCAGAAUGAGGCCCUGGAUAUCGCCCAUCACAUGAUGUACCUCGGUCUCGGCGACAAACUCUACCUUGCCCCGCUCGACAACCCGCAAAAGGUGCUCGACGUCGCCACUGGCACUGGAAUCUGGGCCAUCGACUUUGCCGACGAGAACCCGUCGGCCGAGGUCAUUGGCACCGAACUGUCGCCCAUCCAGCCCUCAUGGGUGCCGCCCAACUGCAAGUUCGAGCUCGACAACGCCGAGUCCGAGUGGACCUACCCGGACAACAGCUUCGACUACAUCCACGUCCGCGGCCUGCUCGGCUGCAUUCAGGACUGGGAGAAGUUCUACCGCAACGUCCACCGUUGCCUCAAGCCCGGCGGCUGGUUCGAGCACCACGAGUUCUCGAUCCCGCUCCUCUCUGACGACGGCUCGGUGCCCGACGAUUCCGUCUGGACUGACUGGAACGUCCUCUUCCGCACCGCCGGCGAGAAGAUGGGCCGUUCCUUCACCAUUUCUGAGUUUUGGGAGGACAAGCUGCGCGAUGCCGGCUUUACGGGCGACAUCAACCGCGCCAUGGUCAAGCUGCCUAUCGGCGGCUGGGCUGCCGACCCCAGGUGGAAGGAGGUGGGUCUUUUCAACCGCAUGUGCCUUGAGCAGGGGCUCGAGGGUUUCGCCAACUACGUCUGUCAUAUGGUGAUGGGCUACAGGGCCGAGGAGACCGAGGUUCUGCUGGCCAGGGUGCGCAGUGCCAUCAAGAAUCGGUCCUACCACGCCUACUACCCUCUCAAGGUCAUCUACAUACAGAAGCCGCUUGCAUGAGGCAGGGGGUUGUGUGGCCAGUGCUACGUGUACGGUGUUGGAUCACGCGGCUUGGUCUUUAUGGUGAGAUCUUGUUGGGUUUUUUGUUGAUGGCGACUUUCUCGUGGCAUUUUCUAGGUAGUGCAGUACACUCAUGUCCAAAUGAAAAGGCCUGUUUACUCACACA